AUGUACGCCGCACGGACGUCGACGGUUGCAGCGGCGGUCCGUCUGCUGCGGUCGCAGCCGGACAAUCCGGCAGCGGCGGUGACGUCGUCUCGUCGGCUUUACGCCACCGCCACCGCGUCCGCACAGCCUAACCACAACAACGGCAAUUCGCAGAUAAAACCCGACUGGAACCGGGCGGUGUCCGAGGCGGAGAAAAUCGUCGGGUAUCCCGCGUCGUUCCUGAGCCUGAGAUGGCUGCUCAAUGACGAGAUAGCCAACGUGGCGCUACACCUGCGCCGGCUGGUCAGCUCCAACCAUCCGCUACUGAAGACGGCCAAGUGAGUGUGUGUGUGUGUGUGUGGGACACGGCGGAAACGCGUUUGAUGUCGUCGAAAAAAGGAACGAAUUCGAGGCGCGGGAGGGUGGCGUUAAUAAUAUUUUCAUUAUGACCUGUUAUUUUUUAGAAUGAUAAAAUAGGGAUGUAAAGACAAACCGUCGCUAAGGAAAAACGAUCCAGAGCAAAGUCCGGCUAUAAUCAUACUUUGAUAAAUUAAAAAUUAAAAGAUCGCAUUAUUAAUUUCUAACUACAAAUUAAAUUACGACGGUCCGGAGUUAUUCGUUUCAAAUUGUUAAGCGUUUUUUAUAAAACGAAUAAAGUUUUAUAUUAAAGUACACAAAUCGGAAAAUAGUAAAAACAAUUUCGUGAUUUGUAUUUCAUAUAAGUCUGAAUUUAGAACGCUUAUAAAAAAAAAUUAUCACGUUACGCUGAACUUUUUUUUUUACGGUUGUUAUUAAAUACAACUUAACGAUCAACUCCGUGUUAAAUUGUCGAAAAUUUUAGCUGGGCCAGAAACAAUGUAUGCACAUAAAUAGGAUGAUAGUGCGUGCAAUGACAUUGAGUUUUUACGAUUCACAUAAAUUUUUGAACAUUAAACGCAUAUAAAAAUAUUAAUUUUGAUUACACGCAUACCUUAUACGAACAACAAAAAAUCGUGAUUACACUUCUAGCGAACAACUUAUUGUAUAACAUUUUUAUCCAUACAACAAAAAAGAACUGAUAAUGGGGACGUAUGCGGCCACUAUUGUAGAUGUAUAGUUGAAAAGGUGGGAUGUAUAAAGUUAUAAAAUUUACACCUAUAACCAACAAUAAACCGUUGUUAACGAAAAAAAUUCUGAGUGAAGUUCAGUUAUACAUGUUUUUAAAGACAAUAAUAUUUACGAUUUUUUUUAAAAUUUUAUUUUAAAACUUUUAUGUAAAAAAAAAAAAAAAAAUACUACAUUACACUAAUUUUUUUUUUAAAUCAAUAAGUAAAACGUAUAAUGAACGUCCUGUCAAAUUUUCAAGUAUUUAUUUUUAGUCUAGAAAUUAGACAAAACAGAGAACCUAUCAAAUGAGAUUUACGUAAAAAUCUCUCAAAAUUAAAAUGUUUAUAAAUAGUUUAAAAAUGGAUCAAAUAUUUUUAAAAUGUUACUACAACUAAAAAAAGCAAACAGAAAUUGUCUGUCAAUAUGUCAAAUCUCUAUGAAUAUUUAAACUGAAUUAUAUUAAAAAAAUAAAAUUUUAAAUAAUAACAGAAUUAUUUUUGCAAAUUUUCGUAAAAAUUGUAUUUUUUGAUUUUUCUCAAUCAUUAUGAAAAAUACUUGAGAUAUCAAAAAAUGAUUUACUCUAAUAGUGGAAAAAUAAUGAAAGGAACAAAAUCGAUUUUUGUUAUUUUUCAAUGAGAGCAAUAUUUCGAGUAGAAAACAUCGUGUAAACAAAUAAAAAACAAUGAAAACGGUAACUUCGCGGCAUACCGUAAAUAUUUUCCGUUUUACCUAUAAUUUUCUAUCAGAUUUAUUCCAGUUAUUUCGAAAACCCCUUGGAUGAUCGAAAAAUUACCUUUCUAAUCCAUCAACUAGACAAAAUUUCCAUUCGGAAAAAGUACUAUAAUCUAUACAAGAGCAAGAUUUUUUUUCGAAAAGUCGUUUACUGCCAGAAAAAAUAAUUUAAAAAAAUAUACAUACAUGUACGUAAAACCAAUAUAGAUCCCUCGAUAUGCUAUGAAUCUAAAAUUUCGACAUUUCCAAAUGGCUAUAAAUAUUUCAAAAGUAGGAAAAAAAAAAUUGAUGAUAACUGCAGAAAAAUUGCCACGUUUUUCGGCGGUAUUUUCCGUUUACCCAGGAAAAUCAAAAUAAAGAAAUGAUAACAUAUUUAUUUUUUCUGUACCGUAUCUGUCACUGUCGUAAAUUAUAACUGUCGGGCUUAAUAGUCUAACUAAAAACUCUUAAUGAAAAAAUAAAUAAAUAAAUAACGUUCCCAAUACACCGGCUAGACAAAAUUCGCUACAGACACCAUUUAGUUGAUGAACGGAACAGGAUUUCUAGUAAAAAAAAAAAGCUGCUUGCUGACACGGGUUUUUUAAUAACUGUUAAAACCGUGAUUGAAUAUUAUAUACACGGUUUUAUACACAGAUUCCAAGAUAUCACGCUAAAUACUGUAGCGAUUUUAAAUUAAAUCGAAAAUUAACUUUAGUAUUUUUGUGUUCAUUUUUUCUUGAAUCCGCCUACGUGUAUAAUAACGGUAUGUACUCAACCCGGAACCCAUUGAACGUCGGUCGUGUCCUCUAAAUUGCCCAUAAAAUUAUGUGCUGGUGUUAUGCUCAGGGGUCUUCUGUACGACGGCGGGAACAACACACAAGCUUGGGGCCUGAUCGUAUUGCUCGUCUCCAAGGCGGCCGGACACCGGGACGUCGAGAGCUCCGCGGACGAAAAAAAGUCCGGCGUGUUGCGCACCCAGAGGGCACUGGCCGAGAUCGCCGAGAUGAUUCGCACCAGCCACCUGAUGCACAACGGCCUCCUGAACCCGGAUGGACUGCAAUUCGCGCGGGAACCCGCGGUCGCCCACAACGACAUGGCUUUCGGCAACAAGAUCGCGUUGCUCAGCGGCGACUAUCUGCUGGCCAACUCGUACGAAGAACUUUCGGCGCUGCGAAAUCAACGCGUGAGUCGGUUCGCGUUUUAUCCCCUAUGUCCUCUGGUCUGUGUAAUUUUCAAUGAUCUGCGAUGUUUGAGUAAUGUCAAUCGAUUUCAAAAACCUAGGUUUUUAUUUUUCUUAAUUUACUUUCGCGAAAUAAAUCGUACUUCGGUCAUAAUAAAUAAAGAAGGCAUUUGUUCGCCUGUUGUGAUCAGCUCAUACAUCGGAGUUCACUAUGGUCAACAGUAGGGGAUUGUUGUACAGUUCCCCAGUUACCAGCACAGUAAAAAAAUGAUCAAUUAUCAUGAAUAAUUGAAUGUAACCACGAGUGGUGUACAAUAAUAGAAUGUUAGGCUGUGAUGAGUUAACCGUAAUAAUUCGACGAAUUGUAAAUUCGUACAAUAUUUCAUAUCUAAUUUGAAAAAGUCAGUAUUGAUUUACGUACAAUUUGUUUUUAAAUAAGAUCAUAAAUCGCAUACUAUAAUUAAGUAUAUGACGUCAAUAGCCAUUCGUCACACAUUAUAAUUAUUUUACGUUACAUACAGUUGCAUUAUAACAGUAGUUUAUAGUUUUAGAUUCUGAGUGAAGCGAGAAAUGUAUUGGUUUUAAGAUGAUGUUUGUUUUUUUUUUUUUACGGUGUAUAAAAUUUCUUCUGGAAAUCUUGUUCCAAUCCAAACGUGACAAGAGACUUUUUUGUGACAUUUUAGCUCUAGUACUUUGGAAAGGUCAUUUGUUUUAAUAUCAUAAGAAUAUAUCAAAUAUGGACUCUGUGCUAAAACGCACUACCAAUUUUACCGUCAAAUGAUCUGUUUUCGUUUGAAAUAUAUUUAGUCGUCAGAGAAAUGCAAUAAUCAAAUUGUCUAAUUCGUCGUGUUUAGAAUUUGAAUCGCUUGCGUCCAAUUGAAAAUUCAUCAUUCGUCCAAGUCGUAAAAAUGAAUUUAUUAAAUGCUAAAGUUGAACGAUAAACAACCGCAUGCCUGUGUAGUGAAGUAACCAAACUAUACAUGUAUGUAUUUAUAGUAUUUAACGUUACAGAGUAACAAAAAGUAACGGUCAAAAUAAUUGUCACAAUCACAAAAUAACACGACAAAAAUGAUAAUAACACGAAAUAAUAGCCGAAAAUGUAACCAAUCGUUGUUUAACCGACCUCGGACGACUAAGUAACAUGACGGACCUAUAUGAUCAACGAUUAAGGAGUUGACGGGAACUGUACAACAGGACAAAGGUCUUAAUCGUUCAGUUCAAUCAUAGUUCGGCCCAAAUAGCACAAUUGGGAUUCGGUCGUUUUAUUAUAUAGUCGUUCGCUGGCGCGAUUUUUUUUUUUUUCUGUUCUUUAGAUCAUGGAGCUGAUCGCUAGCGCCCUGCGCGACCUCGCCGAAUCGGCGUUCGUGGGCCGCAGGGACGCGCAGAACAAUCCGCUGCCGUCGCCGUUCGAACCGCUCGACCGGCCAAUCGGCUCGGUCGUAAUGCGGCACGACCCGCUCCAGCCGUCCGGCCCGCUCGGCAGCAUGCCGUUGACGCCCGCCCUGGACGACUGGACCAAACGCAACGUGCUGUCCGCCGGCAGCCUACUGGGAAAGGUGUGCCAGGGUACGCUCAUUCUGGGCGGUCACGGCGAACAGUUGCAGAAAAAAGGAUUCUUGUUCGGCAAACAUCUGUCGCUAGCCUGGCAGGUAAGCCCCGGGCCGCAUGACAAACGGGUAGACCACGAUUGCGUAUGUUUUUUGAUAGAUUAAAGAACACUUAAAAAAAUAAAAAUAAUAAUACUAAAAUCAACAAGAUUGCGUACGAAUUCGUGUGCAACGUUGUCAAAUGUAUAUACUUUACACUCAAUAGUUAUCUAGUACAAUAAUUUUACCUGAACUGUAGAAUAUUAUUACAAAUAAAAUAAUUGAUUAUUUAAUUAAAUCAUAGUUAAACAAUUGAAUUUUUUAAAAUACCUAACUUUUAGUUUCGACGAUUCUAAACUAUAAAUUUAAACUUUCAAAUAUUGCAAUACAUUUGUAUGGAUUUUUUACUCGUCAUAAUCCUUUAUAAUAUUUUGAAUUCGAAUUAUUUUCUUUAUUUUCCCGUUAUUAAUUGAUUGUAUAAUCGGUCUUGACUAUUAAAAUUUAAAUACACUAACUGUUUUCCUUUUCCGAAUUUUAUAAAUUUAACAGAAUUUAAAAUAUGCAUACGUGAGACGAUCGACAACGAACUGAAGGCGAGGGAAUAUCUAUACAUUUGAAAUAACAAAAUGUCCAGAAUGUUAAAAUGUAUAUUUGAUGUUGCGUUGAUAUAGUUAACACUAAACAUUUAUGAAAAAACGAAUUAUUUCUAGUUCAUUCGUGUGGUAUAUACCGGUAUUAAAAUUGGCAAAAACGCUUGAAAUUUCAUACGCAAUCGUGUAGCUUAAAAAGGUAUCACCGAUAAUGAACGUACGCAAUCGUAUUUUACCCUGACUUACGUGUAUAUGAUACGUCUAUAGAGACUAAAAUAUUUAAUGAUCUAAAACAAAAUAAAUGCAUUUUUGGCCCCCAAAACUUUUUACUGCUUUAACAAUAGUCCGUAGGACAAAAUGUCCCACGAAUAUCUGACAAACGCAAUAACUUUUGUUCUGUUCAAUACCUAUAUUAGAGUUUUCUUUUUUUCUAAUUACUAGAGUCUUGCGCCAUAAUUGUUUUAUUUUCUAUAUAAUUUUUAAAACUAAAAAUAAAGUUUUAAUUUGUCUACAAAAUCCAUUUAUUUUGAAUCAAAAUUUUAAUAUUACAAAUGUCUAAUACUGAGUUGUCGAUUUACUACGAUUUGUAUGAAGUUUACAAAAAUUAUGUUGUAUGGAAAAAUUGACUGUUCUAUUUAUGAUACUUAGUAGUGACAAUAAACAAAUUUAAAUGAUUGUUAAUUUAAAAAUGUGUAGAAAAUUAACAACCUAAAAUUAGUGAAAAAAAAAAUUUUGUUUUAAAUAAACGUAUACAAUGGCUCUUGGCAAAAUAUUGGAUUUAUCAUUAUAUCAAAAUAUAUUUUCUUGAAAGAAAAUAUAUUUUAAAAAUCUAAAUUUUUUAUUUUAAGUCUUAAAAAAAAAUAUAAUAUGGCACAAAGCUCUAUUAAUCAGUAAAAAAAAAAAAAAAGUAAAAAUAUCGAACAGAAAAAAAUUGAUAGCAUUUUUUAGAUAUACAUAAACUAAUAGGUAACAAUAAAGUAAAAUUAAUAACAAAACACAAUUCAUAGAGCAGUUUUACAAAUCAUCAUAAAAUAUUGGUUGAUACUGUGUAUUAGAAUAUAAUGUUCACGCUAAAAUGAUAUAAAAAAACAAAAAUACAAAUUAUGUAUUUAUAAUCAAUAGCAGACAUUUGUAACUAGAAUUAGUCAAUAGGUUCAGCCAGGGGUGGUUGAGCGAGAGGGAUGAAGGGACAUAUCCCCCCCUCAUUAAGGUAUGUUUCUUAAAUAUGUAUAAUAAUAUACAGAGUGAUUUUUUAAGCAUACUCAGUACUCACCCUAUUUGUGUAGUUUAGUUAAAUAUAAAUUCAAAUUCUGAUAUUUGGAAUUUUUAAAUUUAGUGAAAGACCGUAUUUUGGAAUACUUCGAUUUUUCACAACAUUGAAGGAGUAUCCUGUGACAAUACCAACUUUGGUUUUUCUAACUAGAACCUAUCUGUUUUAAUGCAAAUUGCUAAUCAAAUGAUUUGUCUGAAAAUUUUGUCGUAUUUUAAUCGAAAUUUGAACGAGAACUGUCUGAGUUAUUAUACUUUACAAAUUAAUAAUGACUGUACAAUUCAAAACAAGAAAAUUUCUAUAUACAUGAAACAGUUGAAAUAUCCUAUCCCCGUAAAAUACUAAUAUACUUAAUAAGUAUUUAAAACAAAAUAUCUAAGAAACAUUUCGUUCAAAUUUCGAUACAAUACGCCAAAAUGUUCAGAAAAAAUCACUGAUUUAGUGUAAUUUGCAUCAAAAAACGAAGGUUCUCAUUUGAAUAACUAACGGUGUUAUCAUCACAAUACCCCUUGAAAUUACUCCACAACAUUUGAUGUUAUAAAAAAUCUAAGUAUCUUUGCAAAAAUACCGUCGUUUACUGUACUUAAAAAUUCAAAAAACCAGAAUUUGAAUUUAUACAUAAUUCAACCAUACAAAUGGGGUAAGCAUGCUUAAAAAUCACCCUAUAUAAUCAAUAUUCUUCUAAUAUAAUAAUCUUCAUAGUAAUAAAAAAGAUUACGUAAAUAAUAAUAUUUAUUUAAAUAUUAUCCUUACUCUUUCUCCCCCCUCUCCCACGAGAAAAUCAUUUAACUAGGUUCAAUCUAUAGAGUUUAAUAUAAAAUAAUAUAGAUAUUUUAUAACAUUUUAUGUAAUCAUUAUUUUCAGGCGUAUUUAGAUUUGGAACCAUUUUUAAUCGGUUCGCCAUACUCGCUGGAAAUCUUUAAUCUCACUUCGGCACCGGUAAUGUUCCAUCUUGAACACGACCCAUCGUUGUUCGAAGAAAUCGACAAAGGCGUAAAUUCUAUUCACGACGUCGAUUACAUCAAAGUAAAUUCAAAUUUUACGAUUUAUAUAUUUUAAAUUAAAAUUGAAAAUAUAUGCGGUAAAUUAUAAUAUCAUAUUCAUAUAGCUGCAAAACAAAUCAUUGUAAUAACAUAAUAUCAUAAAUAAUAUCAUUAAUUAUAAAUAAAAUAUAAUAGAUCUAUAGUAUGUAUUUAUAAUCAAUGGUUAUAUCAAACAUAUUUAUCAGCCUGUGACUUAAUGAAACGUGUGGAAUUUUGUAUAUCAUUUUUUUUUUUGUAAACUAUUUUAAAAUGUAUAAAUUUAAUUUACUUUAAAUUUAAAUGUUCAAACCUUAAUUUGUAUAGGACAUAGGUAAUACCUAUAUAUGUAUAUACAUUAUACAUACAACAUAAUAUGUUAUCAUACUUCGUUUCAUCUAAACGUUAAAACUUCUAACCCAAAUUAUUCAUUUUUAUUACGUCAUAGUAUUUUUCGUAUACACCAUUAAAAAAGUAGUUGCAUUUUAAAUUUCUAACAUUACAGACUACGGAUAGUAAUUCUACUACAUAGGCAACUUAUAAUUCUCCAAAUAAAAUAGUUUUAUCGGCCAAUCUUAUUAGGGGCAAUGUCAUAAUAGUAUAAAAUUGAAUGUGUUUUUAUUAUAAUAGAUACAAGUGUUUGUUCUGGAAAUUUGUUAUAUUAUACUCGUAUUCAAAUAAAAAACUAUAUGAAACAACUUGCAAGAUAUAUAAAACUACUCAAAACGUAUUAAAUCAAAAUUCUUUUAAGAAAAAAAAAGUUGUACAUUUUAACUAUAUCGAGAUCAUUUAUUUUAACUAAAAAACUAAGUGCGAUUAAUUUGUUUUGUAUUACCAAAAACUAAAAAUGUAUUGCUUAGUUAAUAAUUUAUUGGUUUUGUUCAAAAAAAUAUUUAAUAUUAUUUUUUCAAAAUAACGUGAAACACAAAUGUGUAAGAUAUGUUGCCUAUACACCUACUGCAAUAUGAUUGUAUCGAAAAAAUUGAAAACCAAUUAUUAAAAUUGCAAAAACGAAAAAUAUUCAAUAAUAUUCAAUUUGAUGAUAAAGUAUAAAAUGUUAUUUGAUGAUAGGUUUUUAAAUAAAUAUUAAAAUUAAAUAUACGAAAUCAAUUAGUUAUCAAUGAUUAACAUCAAAGAAGUUUUCAAAUAUUGUAGUAAUUUAAUUUAACGUUUAAACAAAAAUUAAUUUUUUUUUUUUAGAAUUUAUGUAGAAUUUGACUAAUUUUUUUCAGCUCUAUAAAGAUAAACGUUUAAAUCUGACAACCAAUAUAUAUAAAGAGAGUAUAACAAUUGAUAGAUGAACUUGGCCUUUCAAUGUUGGUCAUAAUUUAUAAAUGCAAAAUAAUUAUUUUCCAUAAUGGUAUAUACAUUUUUGACCAUAAUUUUUUCUUUUUUCUUUUUUUGUGACCAUGCCAUUGUUCAUUACUGAAUUGCUUAAUUACUUAAUACUUUUUGAACACUACUAUUGAAUCGUAGAUAGUAUUUGAAUUAAAUUUCGUAAAUAUCCUAUUAAAUUUACUUCGAUUAUUUAUGUAAAUUAUUAAUUUAAUCUACGGCAAUAUAGGUGCAUGAAAUCGUGAUGAACGGACCCGGGGUCGAGUACACAAAACAGUUACAAAAAGAACAUUCGCAAAAAGCUAUGGAAGUGUUGACCGUCUUCGAAGAAAGCGACGCAAGGACAGCGUUGUCCAACAUUAUUGUCGCGAUGGACCGCGAAUAA